GUUCACCGUUCAAGAUUGAUGGCCGCCGCAGCGGUGACUCGCCGGAUCAAUGCCGGACUCCACGUCGAGGCCGCAACCGGCAACGGCGUGGCCGACGGGGAGAACCGCCGCAACAGCGCAGCAGCUUACUCACCCACGGCCAAGCGGAUCAGCGACGCCAAGGACAACGAUGCCUGGGUGGCCGUCCAGGAGGGAGACAUGCCUGCUGGCGACUCCAGCCGACCCCUGCUGUUCCGGACCAUGAAGGUUAAGGGCAGCAUCCUGCACCCUUACAGGUUCGUGAUUCUUCUGCGACUGAUCGCCGUCAUCGCAUUCUUCGUAUGGCGUAUUCGGCACAGGAACCAUGACGGCGUGUGGCUCUGGGCCAUGUCCAUGGUUGGGGACGUCUGGUUCGGCUUCUCAUGGGCCCUCAACCAGAUCCCGAAGCUCAACCCCAUCAAGCGCGUUCCGGACAUCGCCGCCAUCAGAGAUCAGUACGAAUCCUCCACCUCCGGCGAGUCCAAGCUGCCUGGCAUUGACGUCUUCGUCACCACCGUCGACCCGGUGGAUGAGCCGAUACUCUACACGGUGAACUCCAUUCUCUCCAUCCUUGCCACUGACUACCCGGUGGAAAAGUAUGCCUGCUACCUUUCAGAUGAUGGUGGAACGCUAGUCCACUACGAGGCAAUGUUUGAAGUUGCAAACUUUGCUAAGCUAUGGGUCCCCUUUUGUCGGAAGCAUAGCGUAGAACCAAGAGCCCCAGAGAACUACUUUGGGGUGAAGAGGCAACCAUACAUGGGGAGCAUGCAAGAAGAGUUCAUGAGUGAUCACAGGCGUGUGCGCAGAGAAUACGAAGAAUUCAAGGUGAGGAUAGACUCUCUCUUUAACACCAUCUACCAAAGGUCCGAGGCGUACAACAGAAAGAAUACCAAAGAAGAUGGUGUCAAGGCAACUUGGAUGGCUGAUGGGACACAAUGGCCUGGCACAUGGAUUGACCAAGCUGAGAACCACAGAAAAGGACAUCAUGCUGGAAUUGUUAAGGUCGUACUAAACCAUCCAAGCCAUAAGCCACAACUCGGAUCGCCAACAAGCAUUGACAAUCCAUUUGACUUUAGCAACGUUGACAUUCGCCUCCCCAUGCUUGUCUACUUAUCCCGCGAAAAGCGCCCUGGCUAUAACCACCAAAAGAAGGCCGGUGCCAUGAACGUGAUGCUCCGUGUCUCCGCCUUGCUAUCCAACGCACCCUUUCUCAUCAACUUCGACUGCGAUCACUACACCAACAAUUCGCAAUCUUUCCGAGCCGCCAUGUGCUUUAUGCUUGACCCCCGUGACGGCCAAAACACGGCCUUUGUCCAAUUCCCUCAACGCUUCGAUGAUGUCGACCCAACAGACCGGUAUGCCAACCACAACCGUGUCUUCUUUGAUGGAACCAUGCUCUCCCUCAAUGGCCUGCAAGGGCCUUCCUACCUUGGCACCGGAACUAUGUUCCGUCGCGCUGCGCUAUACGGCAUGGAGCCACCGCGCUGGAGAGCAGACACCAUCAAGGUAAUAAGCAAGGCCAAAGAAUUUGGUGAAUCAGCAUUGUUCAUAAACUCAAUGCUAGAUGGCGCCAACCAAGAACGGUCCAUCACGCCGAUAUUCCUUGAGGAGUCAGUCAACGAUGAGUUGACAUCCCUGAUGACAUGUGCUUAUGAGGAUGGGACUCCGUGGGGGAGAGAUGUUGGGUGGGUGUACAACAUCGCGACGGAGGACGUGGUGACAGGAUUCCGCAUGCACCGGCAGGGCUGGCGCUCCAUCUACUGCUCCAUAGAACCAGCCGCAUUCCGUGGCACCGCUCCGAUCAACCUCACCGAGCGUCUCCUCCAAAUACUACGCUGGUCAGGUGGCUCCCUUGAGAUGUUCUUCUCCCACAGCAAUGCAUUCCUUGCCGGUCCUCGGAUGCACCCCCUGCAGCGCAUUGCAUACCUGAACAUGUCGACCUACCCGAUCGUCACAAUAUUCAUCCUAGCCUACAACCUAUUUCCCGUCAUGUGGCUCAUCUCCGAGCAAUACUACAUCCAGAGACCCUUCGGCUCAUACAUCCUGUACCUCGUCAUAAUCAUUGCGAUGAUCCAUCUGAUCGGCAUGUUCGAGCUGAAAUGGGCGAGCAUCACCUUGCUGGACUGGUGCCGGAACGAGCAGUUCUACAUGAUCGGCGCGACCGGCGUGUACCCGACGGCGGUGCUGUACAUGGUGCUGAAGCUCAUCACAGGGAAGGGUAUUCACUUCAGGCUCACGUCGAAGCAGACAGAAGCUUGCUCCAACGAUAAGUUCGCCGACUUGUACGUCGUGAGGUGGGUGCCAUUGCUGAUCCCAACCAUUGCGGUGUUCGUGGUGAAUGUCGCAGCCGUUGGAGUGGCAAUAGGCAAGGCCGCGACCUGGGGAUUGUUCACGGAGCAGGCCCAGCACGCUGUGCUCGGGAUGGUGUUCAACGUGUGGAUCCUUGUGCUCCUCUACCCGUUCGCACUUGGGAUCAUGGGACAGUGGGGGAAGAAACCUGCCAUCCUGUUUGUUCUGAUGGUGAUGUCCAUUGGUACAGUCGCUAUCAUGUAUGUCACCUUCCGUGCCAUAUACCCUUCGGACUGGACAGAAAUUGCAGCGUCUCUUGGUAAAGCAGAACUAGUGACUGGGUCAUCUGGGAAGAACUAAAUCAUUUUGAUAAUGCCAUUGCACACUUAAUGCAAUAAUUUGGAACCUUUCCUCUAUGAUUUUAGCUCAAUCAAGGGUUGUAUUAUCCAACGUGAGAUGGUGACAUGAAAACUAUCAAGAUUUUUGUUCUCUCUUA